UUGCUUCCUGCCUUGCAGAGAUGACUCUGGCCUGCAGACAUUUGCGGAGAGCUUUGCGCCUGGAGACCUCCUCACCCAGGAUCCCCAAGAUGCGCCCUUCCUUGAGCCAUGAGGAGACAGAAGAAUAAAGAAUAAUUAAGAAAUUUGGUCAAAGGCAGAAACACAGAAGCAACAACUUGGGAUUCAAAGCCAGGAGCUUUCUGGACAUCUGUAACCAAGCUUGGUGUUCACACAAAACCCAGAAUGCCUCCGUGUGACUUCAUCCCUGAAAAAUACCAGUCCCUUGCCUAUCAGCGUGUUCUGGAGAUCAACAAUCGACAUCUCUAUCCCCCGCGGACGGCGUAUUUUGCAGAGCCUUUGUUGCUCCAUCAGGGUCACAUGGAGUGGCUAUUUGAUCAUGAGGGAAACAGAUACCUGGACUUCUUUUCUGGGAUUGUCACUGUCGGUGUUGGUCACUGCCACCCGAAGGUAAACGCAGUGGCACAAAAGCAGCUUGGCCGUCUGUGGCAUACAAGUCCCAUCUUCUUCAACCUUCCGAUCCAUGAAUACGCAGAGAAGCUUUCCGCGCUUCUUCCUGAGCCUCUGAAGGUCAUUUUCUUUACGAACAGUGGCUCAGAAGCCAACGACCUAGCCAUGCUGAUGGCCAGAGCACACUCAACUAACAUAGACAUCAUUUCUUUCAGAGGAGCCUACCAUGGAGGCAGCCCUUACAUACUUGGCUUGACAAAUGUAGGGUACUUCAAGAUGGAACUCCCCGGUGCAGCAGGCUGUGAAUCAACAAUGUGCCCAGAUGUUUUCCGCGGCCCUUGGGGAGGAAGCCACUGUCGAGAUUCUCCAGUGCAAACCAUUAGGAAAUGCAGCUGUGCACCAGACUGCUGCCAAGCGAAAGACCAGUACAUCGAACAGUUCAAAGAUACUCUGAGCACUGCUGUGGCCAAAUCAAUUGCUGGAUUUUUUGUAGAGCCAAUUCAAGGGGUGAGUGGAAUUGUUCAGUACCCGAAGGGGUUUCUAAAGGAAGCCUUCAAGCUGGUGCGAGAGCGGGGAGGCGUGUGCAUCUCGGAUGAAGUGCAAACAGGAUUUGGAAGGCUGGGCUCUCACUACUGGGGCUUCCAAACCCACGACGUUGUGCCGGACAUUGUCACUCUGGCUAAAGGGAUUGGGAAUGGCUUUCCCAUGGGAGCAGUUGUGACAACCCCAGAGAUUGCCAAGUCUUUAGCUAAACGCAGGUUUUGCUUCAGCACCUUCGGAGGGAACCCCUUGGCCUGUGCCAUUGGAUCAGCGGUGCUUGAGGUGAUUAAAGAAGAAAAUCUACAGGAAAACAGUCAAGAAGUUGGCACUUACAUGUUACUGGAGUUAGCUAAGCUGCGAGAUGAAUUUGAAAUCGUUGGGGACGUCCGAGGCAAAGGCCUCAUGAUAGGAAUAGAAAUGGUGAAGGAUAAGAUGAGCCGCCAGCCUCUUCCCCCGGAAGAAGUCAGUCAAAUUCACGAGGACUGCAAACACAUGGGGCUUCUAGUUGGCAAAUCCGGCGUUUUUUCUCAGACAUUCCGCAUUGCACCCCCAAUGUGCAUCACUAAACCAGAAGUUGAUUUUGCAGUGGAAGUAUUUCGUUCUGCCUUAAUCCAACACAUGGAAAGAAAAGCCAAAUGAAAUUUUUAAAAAUAAAAAACCACAAGCCUCAAGAACUUCCCACUUAUGUUCAAGGGUUAAUUUGAGGAAUUCCAGAACCACUAGUCUAAGGUGUCAAAGACAUGGUUGACUGCCUACCAGCCAUAUUUCUUAACAGAGCCUCUAUUCUCUCGAGAAGUCCAUCCUUCAGGAAGGGGCCUCUGUCCCUAGCCCAGAGAAUAAAUACCAAUUAGUCUAGGUAAGUUAUGGUAAUUUGAUUCCCCUUUGCAGUGAUUGGUUUAUGCAUGAUAUGUGACAUAUUUUUGGACAAUUAAUCUUGAAGGAAAAUCUUUUGGUGGAGGUGCCUUCAGGGAAAGAUUUCUCUAUUCUUCACUCUUCAUCCCCAUCUUUGGAAGAGAUGUCUACUUCUUACACAGAAGCAUCAAAUGUUAUGAUGAGACUGCUGGAACUAUGUCAGCCAUUUUGGAGCCAUGAGGACAAAGCUUUUUUGCUAAGGUUGGAAGGUGGAAGGAAGCUGAGUCCUUAGUGAUGUCGAUGAGCCACUGACUUAAGCAAUCUGGGAGCCACCUUACUUUGAGGCUCCUGGUUAGAUGAGAUAAGAAAUCUGCUGUAUUGCACAAGCCUUUUUGGUUGAGGUUUUCUAUUAUUGAAGUCAUAAGCAUCCUGAGAAAUGCUGUAGAAAGUACCCCAGGUAGAUAACUGUGCUGCUCUCCUUUAACUCCCUUAAAAUGUCUAUCAGAGCCUCCUCCAUUCCCAUUGCCCUCAUCCUGCCCUGGACUAUACCCUCGUUACUCCUAUUGCAACAGUCUUCAAGACCAAAAUUUCCCAAAUGUUAGUCAUUAAAAUACACGUUCGUAGUGUUUUUUUCUCAUAUGUGUAUACCACCUGUCUUAGGAUUGACUUAAUAUUUUUCCUUAAUUUUACUUUUUUUGUUUAGAUAUACAGUCAGCCCUCAGAUCAAAGGCCUAUGAGGAUUACAUCUGUACUGAACAUGUACAGACUUCUUUUUCUUUAUUUGCUAAACAAUAUAACAGCUAUUUACAUAGCAUUUACAUUGUAUUAGGUAGGAUAAGUAAUCUAAAGGUGAUUUAAAGUAUCCAGGAGGAUGUGCAUAGGUUAUAUGCAAAUAUCACACCUUUUUCUAUGAGGGACUUAAACAUCCAUGGAUUUUUAUAUCUUCAGGGGGUCCUGGAACCAAUCCUCCGUGGACCCUGAGGGACCACUGUAUUUGAUAAUAACCUUUCUAUAGUUAUAACAAAUGAGAAAUCGUUACUACUUGUCCUAACUGGAAAAUAAUCAUAAAAAUAGGGUGAAUACAAAGCAAUGUAAUUCAGUUCUAGCAAGACACUAGGCAAAUGAUCUCAGCCUGAGGCUGUUCUCUCUUUGUUCAAGAAGAUAAGAGAGUCUCUGAGGGGUGUUAGAAGAGACUAGCAAACUGAGAUCCUCUUCUUAACACAAACAGAACAGGACCCACAGAACUGAAAGGGAAAUAACUUUCCCAGCAUGCAAUUUGAUGUUUAUUUUAACUGUGUUCCACUUUGAAGCCAUGUCUUAAUGAUCUACCCCCUGAGGUGUCUGUUCCACUAACACAGCCUAUACCUCACUGCCAGAUUUGUCUCCCUCAAGCGUUGACCUACACAGGCAUUCCCUUACACAAGCCUUCCAGUUGCUCCCCAGUGUCUCCCAGAUAAGAUCAAACCCCCUUAACAAGGAGCUGAAUGCCAUCCAGUAUCCAAUACCCAAAGAGAGCAAACACUUUAGAAAGGCUCUGUUUGGGCACAGUGGAAAGAUUAUUGGAUUAAGAGUCAACUGACCUGAAUUCCAAACUCAGACCUUCUACUUAUUUGCUACAGACGCCUUGGAGAAGACUUUUAACCUCUUUUUAACCUCAUUUUGUUCCCAAGCAUAUCAAUACUUGCCCUUGCUACCUCAUGAGAUGGGAACCAAGUGAGGUAAUGGAUGUAAAUGUGCUUUGCGAACUAAUGAACUAUGCAAAUAGAAACUACUUCCCUUCAAGCAACAUUGCUCUUCUUCCCUUCACUACAAAAUCUCCCACAAGCAGUUUUUGUGCUCCAAUUAUCCUCCCUGCCUCUCCUCCAUGCCUCAACCACUAGGAUCUCAUUCCUGCCUCUCAUUCCUUGGAAACUGCCUGCUCCAAAGGCCACCAGUGGUUUCCUUAUGACCCAAACUUAGUGUUUCCUUUGUUCUUUCUAAACAACUGCUCCUUCUUGAAUAAGAUUUCUUUGGCUUCAGGGUUGGCCCCGUGGCCGAGUGGUUAAGUUCGCGCGCUCCACUGCAGGCGGCCCAGUGUUUCGUUCAUUCGAAUCCUGGGCGCGGACAUGGCACUGCUCAUCAAACCACGCUGAGGCAGCGUCCC